AUGUCUGAUGUAGCAAGGCCCAAGAGCUCUUCUGAUAGAGAAUCAAUUCGGAACAUCCUUCAGGUUCUCACUGAGCUGCUUUCUGUUGGCACAGAUCGAAGGAUCCACUACAUGAUUAGUAAGGGAGGAAGUGAAGCCCUACUCCAGACCUUGGUGGACUCUGCUCGGACACCUUCCCCAGAUUACAACAUUCUCUUGCCUCUGAUUAGGCUGCUGGUCAAGGUUGGCCAGAGAGACAAAAAGUUUGGCCAGAAAGCUCUGGAGUUGGAGGCACUUGAUGUAACAUUGAUUUUGGCCAGGAAAAAUCUGUCUCACAACCAGAAUCUUAUCCAUUGUCUCUGGGCUCUGCAAGUUUUUGCCUCAAGAGUCACAACUGGAGCCAUGCUGGGGAUUAAUGGAGCAAUGGAGCUACUAUUCAAGGUUAUCACCCCUUACUCUAGGAAACGCACCAGAAUUAUCAGGGCUGCCACGGAAGUUCUUGCAGUAUUGCUGAAAUCCAAGUCAAACAGCAGGAGGGCAGUGAACAGAGGCUAUCUCAAUGGAUUGCUUAGACUACACCAGGACUGGCAAAGCCAUGAUACUUCCAAUGAUUUCAUCCAAAUCCGAAGGUCUCUCCUACUUUGCCUCAAGCACAUCACCGACAUCCAGUCUGGCAGAGAAGCCUUCCUUGGAGCUCAGGGGAUGGAGAUCCUCUUUACUACCACUCAGAACUACCUGGGAAAUCAAAGCAUGGAUGCCAUCCUUUCAAUAGUAAUUCAGAUUCUGAGGAAAUGCUAUCCCAAAUGCUCACUGCCCUUGGCCACAGCAAGUAGCUACUAUUCCUUCUCUGUUCCUGGGAGCAUCAGUUCUGGACCACCAUGUAUUAUAAACGAAGAUGAUUUUGAAGAGGAUGGUGAGGAAGAGGAGGACCAAGAUUCAGAUUCUGAAGAAACAAAAGAGGAAGAUGAUGACUUGGAAACAGAUGUAAAAAAACUAACCUCAAAACCAGAGCUUGCCUGGACAGAAGAGGAGCUGAAACAGUAUGAGGCAAUGUGUCUUGAACUCUCCCAUAAUUUUCAGGAACUUGAGUUCAAGUCUGGAGAUGAGAUGAGAUCUGAAGAGGUCAGAGGAAUCCAUCAGUACCCCAACUAUUGCCACAUUCCUAUUCCAACUUACUCAAAGGGGCAUUGCCAAAAGGGUGAUGAAAGUCCCCAGGGACUAGAAAGAGAGGACACAAAUUUCCAGGACCCUCCUUUGAAACAGAUGAAAAUUAUGAAGUCCACUGGAGAUCUAGUUUAUGAGGAGAAGAUUCCUGGCAAAUUAGACCCAUAUUUAGCAUCAAAUGAUCAGGAAGAAAAUUUCUCCAGGAGGGAAAAACUAAAUUCCCAGGCAUCCUUCAAAGAGUCUACCUUGGAUACAGAAGCAUGUUCCUAUCUAUCUGAGAAUACUUUCCUUUCCAGCUCUAUCAGAGCUGAUGAAACCUCAGAAACUAUGUCUAAGCUUCUGGAGAGGUAUUCCAUGGAUGUGCCCUUCCACAAUCCCUAUACUUAUAUAACCAAAGCUAAAGGAACCAAAUCUGUGCCAGGCUUCAAGGUGUUAGCAUUUCCAGAUUUCUGGGGUCACCACUCACCGCCCGCUUCCCAGCCCAUGUUGGAACGUAAAUGUGGAGUUCAAAGGGCAAAAAUAUUUGAAGAUAUUCAGCGGUUUAUCCAGCCAGACAAGGUGAUGAGCAGAGUUGUCUUCAGUUUAGAUGAGCCUUGGCUCUUGCAGACUACAGAUGCAACUGAAUGCUUGAAGUUCUUUUCUGCAUUUGAGUCAGGAAACUUGCGCAAGGCCAUCCAAGUGAGAGAGUUUGAGUAUGAUUUAUUGAUUAAUGCUGAUGUGAACUGCACCCAGCACCAGCAGUGGUUCUACUUCAAGGUGAGCGGCAUGAAGGCUGCUCUGCCCUACCGCUUCAAUGUCAUCAAUUGUGAGAAGGUCAACAGCCAGUUCAAUUACGGGAUGCAGCCGACCAUGUAUUCAGUGAAGGAGGCUCUCCGGGGCAGGCCUCAUUGGGUUCGGGUGGGCUAUGAUAUCUGUUAUUACAAAAAUCAUUAUCGCCAGAAUUCAGCUGCUGUGGGAUCUCCUGGAAAAUACCAUUAUACACUCACCUUCUCUGUCACAUUUCCUCAUAAUGAAGAUGUCUGCUACCUGGCUUACCAUUACCCAUAUACCUAUACAGCUCUGAUGGCCCACCUUGACCUCCUGGAAAAAAGUGUCAACCAUAAGAAAGUCUAUUUCCAGCACCAAGUACUCUGCCAGACUUUGGGAGGAAACCCAUGUCCACUGGUAACCAUCACAGCAAUGCCUGAAUCUAACAGUAGUGACCAUCUGCAGCAGCUCCGCCAGCGUCCAUAUCAAGUGAUUGUGGCCCGAGUUCAUCCAGGAGAGAGCAAUGCUAGCUGGGUAAUGAAGGGAACCUUGGAAUUCCUUGUAAGCAGCGAUCCCAUUGCUGGGCUCCUGAGGGAAAGCUUUAUUUUCAAGAUCAUCCCAAUGCUAAACCCAGAUGGCGUCAUCAAUGGCAAUCACAGAUGUUCCCUGAGAGGGGAGGAUCUCAACAGACAAUGGCUUUCUCCUAGUUCUCAACACCAGCCAACUAUCUACCAUACGAAAGGCCUCUUACACUAUUUGAAUAGCAUUGGUCGGACCCCAGUGGUCUUCUGUGAUUUUCAUGGACAUUCUCAGAAGAAGAAUGUGUUUCUCUAUGGCUGCAGCAUCAAGGAGACCUUGUGGCAAGCAGGUUGUACUGUGGACACUUCCAUUGUCACUGAGGAUGUUGGCUAUAGGACACUUCCCAAAAUCCUUGAUAAGGUUGCUCCUGCAUUUGCAAUCAGCAGCUGCAGUUUCCUGGUGGAGAAAUCUAGGGCUUCAACUGCUCGGGUUGUUGUGUGGAGAGAAAUUGGAGUGUUGAAGAGCUAUACCAUGGAAAGCAGUUACUGUGGUUGUAAUCAAGGACCUUAUAAAGGUCUGCAACUGGGAACACGUGAAUUGGAAGAGAUGGGAGCUACAUUCUGCCUGGGCCUUCUUAUUCUGCAGUUCAAAUCAUUAACCGGCAGUUCCCAGUUCAUGGCACAAGCCUCUGCCCUGCUAGGUGCCAGGGAGGAUAUUCUGGGACAUCAGCUUCAUAGAAGGAGCAGCAGUGGCAGCAACACUGACCUGGAACUGGAAGAUGAACCUCCCUGUAUGGAAGAGAUUGAUUACAGCACAGACUCUUCUUCAGAUGGGGAAACAGACAUCUCUGAACUUGACAGACAGAUCCAGGAGAUGGCCUUGGCAGAAGCUGUAGGAGAUGGAGUAGAAGAAAAUGGUGUAGAUAACAGGGCACAGAGUAACCCUGAGAUUUGUGUCUCCAAACACUGGACAAACAGAGCUUCCCCUUGACUGUCAGAGUCAACUGAGGAAUUAUUAGAAGAGAAAAUAAA